AUGGCAGCACCAUCGCUCAGAGGGAAUAAUCUCCAUCCGAUUAAUGUGGGUGCACUGCCCAUAGAGGUGCUGCCCAUAGAGGCGCUCCCCAUAGAGGCCCUGCCCAUAGAGGCGCUGCCCAUAGAGGGGCUGCCCAUAGAGGUUCUGCCCAUAGAGGCCCUGCCCAUAGAGGUGCUGCCCAUAGAGGCCCUGCCCAUAGAGGUGCUGCCCAUAGAGGCCCUGCCCAUAGAGGGGCUGCCCAUAGAGGCCCUGCCCAUAGAGGCGCUGCCCAUAGAGGCCCUGCCCAUAGAGGCGCUGCCCAUAGAGGCCCUGCCCAUAGAGGCGCUGCCCAUAGAGGCGCUGCCCAUAGAGGCCCUGCCCAUAGAGGCCCUGCCCAUAGAGGCCCUGCCCAUAGAGGCCCUGCCCAUAGAGGCGCUGCCCAUAGAGGCGCUGCCCAUAGAGGCCCUGCCCAUAGAGGCCCUGCCCAUAGAGGCGCUGCCCAUAGAGGCCCUGCCCAUAGAGGCCCUGCCCAUAGAGGCCCUGCCCAUAGAGGCGCUGCCCAUAGAGGCCCUGCCCAUAGAGGCCCUGCCCAUAGAGGCGCUGCCCAUAGAGGCGCUGCCCAUAGAGGCCCUGCCCAUAGAGGCGCUGCCCAUAGAGGCCCUGCCCAUAGAGGUGCUGCCCAUAGAGGCCCUGCCCAUAGAGGUGCUGCCCAUAGAGGCCCUGCCCAUAGAGGCCCUGCCCAUAGAGGCCCUGCCCAUAGAGGCGCUGCCCAUAGAGGCCCUGCCCAUAGAGGCGCUGCCCAUAGAGGCCCUGCCCAUAGAGGCGCUGCCCAUAGAGGCGCUGCCCAUAGAGGCCCUGCCCAUAGAGGCCCUGCCCAUAGAGGCCCUGCCCAUAGAGGCCCUGCCCAUAGAGGCGCUGCCCAUAGAGGCCCUGCCCAUAGAGGAGCUGCCCAUAGAGGCCCUGCCCAUAGAGGGGCUGCCCAUAGAGGCGCUGCCCAUAGAGAGGCUGCCCAUAGAGGCCCUGCCCAUAGAGGCGCUGCCCAUAGAGGCGCUGCCCAUAGAGGGGCUGCCCAUAGAGGCCCUGCCCAUAGAGGAGCUGCCCAUAGAGGCCCUGCCCAUAGAGGGGCUGCCCAUAGAGGCGCUGCCCAUAGAGGCGCUGCCCAUAGAGGCGCUGCCCAUAGAGAGGCUGCCCAUAGAGGCCCUGCCCAUAGAGGCGCUGCCCAUAGAGGCCCUGCCCAUAGAGGCGCUGCCCAUAGAGACCCAUAGUCUUUGCAGCAGUGACACUAAGAAGAUUUUGUUUAUCUAUGUAAAACCUGGAAUCUAUAGCAAACGGAUCUGUUCCACCAGCUGCUGCUCCGCAAUCUCUCCAAUGGACAGACCCUCGGCGGCGUUAGUCUGGGGGGAGAUGGAGCGGAUGGUGCAACCCAAGAACAAAGUGGAUGAGGCCCUGGCACCUGAUAUACGGGAUUUAAAGGGGAAGUAA